GUGGGCGGGGCUCCCUGCUCUGCGUAGCACGAGACGCACCUAGGAAAGUCAAGUUAGCAAUUAGAAACUGCAAGUUCUUACAACCCUCUAAAGAGGGCUGUGUAAACUGGGAAGUUCUCGGUGUGACUGUGGCUAUGCCUUUCCUUAAGGCCAAGUGUCACAGCCUUUGUAUUUGUUUCUCCAAGGAAAUCAGACAGGAAGUAGCCGCAAAGUGCCAGAGUCAGCAAGGGGGAGGGGCAGGGGCGUAGCCACCGUAAAGUCCAGGCGACACACUUGCUAGGCGUCAGGACUUCCAGCCGUUGCUAGAAACCGGGCCCCGGAAGUUCCUAGAACCACUCCGAGUGGAAAGGCGGUGUGGUUCUUGACCCCGCCCCUCCGUUGCGUACGCACGUUGGGGCGUGCGCUGGCGUCUAGUGGGCGUGACCCUGGGCGGUGCGACGGUGGGAAGGAGGAGCGCGCUGCUGGUGCUCCAGCUGGGUCUCCAUGGCGACUGGACGCGGCCGGCUCCUGCAGCAGUACUGGCUCGGCCUCCUGGCGCGGCGCCCGCCGAUUGGCGGCGACUUCUGGGCCCCCGGGAGCGCGGGAGAAGCCGCCAGGAGCGCGGGGUUCAGAAUGGGCCUGGGUGUCAGAGUGGCUGCAGGCUGUGCUGCUCAGAAUCACUGUGCCCAACGGGAUGUGUGCUGUGAGAAAUUCCACACUGGCUGCUCUGUGUCUCUGGACAGUCUGCCUUCAGAAAUCCUGCUGAAGAUCUUGUUCCACUUGGAUGCUGUGACCUUGCUGUGCAUGGGAUGUGUGAACAGGCGCUUUUAUCAUCUGGCCAAUGACAAUUUUAUUUGGAUCAGAAUCUACUCAACUGCCUUUUCACCUAAAAGAUCUAAUUGGAAAGUUAAUUCAGUAGAGAAGACAGCUGCGUCUAUGAACUUACUAUCAGUUGGGGAUAAAGAAGCUGGAUAUUGGAAGAAAGAAUAUAUUACAAAACAGAUAGCAUCUGUAAAAGCAGCUCUAGCUCGAGUUCUCAAACCAGUCAACCCUUACACAGGCCUCCCGGUUAAGACCAAAGAGGCCCUAAGAAUAUCUGGUUUAGGUUGGGUAAUUAUAGUGAAAGAAAAAAGUGGAAAAGAAUACACUAUGGAGCAUGUUGAUCUUUCCAUCAACGAUUCAUCAGUCACGAUUGUGUGGUAUGGCAAAAACUGGCCGAGUCUUGCCACACUGUCAACCUUAGAUUUGUGUGGGGUAACACCAGUGUUUAUGGACCGGUCUAAAAUCCCCACCAAGAACAGACCUCGAUGGCAUUCUUUAAUUGCAAAGUAUGACCUGAGUCAUUUAACUGAGUCCACCAUGAUUGGCUGUGACAGGCUCAUCCGGAUCUUCUGCCUGAACCCUGGCCUCGUGGUGGGGCUCUGGCAGAGGGAGGAAGAACUGGCUUUUGUUAUGGCAAAUCUUCAUUUCCAUCACCUUGUGGAGAGGAGCACAUUAGGCUCGGCUGCUGUCCCCUAUGAGCUGCCUCCUCAUACCCCCUUUUUGGAUGAUAGCCCAGAGUAUGGACUGCAUGGCUACCAACUCCAUAUCGAUAUGCACAGCGGGGGAGUUUUCUGCCUGUGUGGUACAUUUGACAACCUCUUCACCAAGAAAGGAUACAUUGAAAAUGAAUAUGUGAAGCUCAUUGUGAUAAGUUUUAAAAAUAGCACAGAACACCUACCUCUUAUUGGAAAAGUUGGCCUUUCUUGGAAAACUAAUAUUUUUGAUGGCUAUAUAAAGAGUUGCUCUAUAAUGGAUGUAACUCUUUUGGAUGAGUAUGGGAAACCCUUCUGGUGUUUCAGUUCCCCAGUUUGCAUUCAAUCCUCGUCCAGGCCCUCUCACGGCCCCAAUUUCUUGGGGGAGACAUACCAUGUGGACUACGUCGACUCGGAAGGCAAGAUGCACGUGGAGCUUCUGUGGCUCCAAGAGACGGAAGAAUACCUUAUUGUCAGCCUGGUGCUUUACCUGCGUGUAGCAAAAGUAAACCAUUGGUUUGGGACGAAAUACUAAGCGUUAGCUGUACCUGGCCAAUUAUUGUUGUUAUUUGUUUAUUUUGGACGAACCAGUUUUGUUUGUGGUGUUUGUUGGAAGUUAAAAUAAAGCAGUAGUCUGUU